AUGAAUUCGACGAGUACAUCAAGUUACGAGCACGAUGUUCCCGUUAAGUAUAUUCGUACUCUUGACGCAAGGCUUUUGCCACCGCGAGUGGGGCAUAACUGGCUUGAUGCAGCGUUUCGCUCAGUCCAAGGUAAACCGCAGCAACUUGAGGAAGAAUUCCGAGGAAAGCGUGCUUUUAUGCCACCUGGUGUGUACGACCACACGCCGCCGGAGGGGUUAGGACUCACCGCGCGUCAGCUCAUGCAGGCGCUGUCAACACGGAGGAAAGAUGGCCCCGCGCCGGACGGGCGGCCAAUAUUUACCACACUGUCUGAUAAGGUGCUUCGUUUUUACGCGUUCUUCUCGGAAAAGGCACCUGAAGGGUGUUGUGAGGAGUACUGGCAUCGCUGUGUUGUCAUUAAUUUUUACCCUGAAGACGAUACCGUUCUCAUCCAAGAACCCCCAAUUCCUAAUAGUGGAUUACCCGGCGGAACGUUCCUCAAGAGGCAAAAGGUACGUGCGGACCCAAGACAACGAGAGCAAUUUCCCAGUGAUGAGUUUCUCACGAUCAACCAUUUCAACGUGGGUUACUCGGUGCGCAUCAAUUGCGUUGAAUUCUUCCUUUAUGAUUGUGAUGCCUUCACACGUGAUUUUCUAACCGAAAUUGGGGUGGAUGUCGGUGAACCGAUGCAGUAUCCAGAUUCUUCGUUCAUGUCUCAGUGGAAACAUCAGCAGGAGCAAAGAGCAACAACCAAUUAUGGUAUUGUCUCUAAUAACUACUAUAGAGACGAUGCUGUGCGAGCAGCCAGAUUUGUACUAGAUGCCGGAAAGGUUCUUCGCUUCUAUGGUUUACUUGACGAGCGUGACAAGACAACUGGGGGAGCGGUGCGAAAGUUGGAAGUAUUAUACUUUGUUGAAGACGACUCUAUCGCGGUGGUGGAGCGCCCCACGACAAAUGAGGCGGUACCAGCAUUGUUUCUCUCACGUGGGUGGCUCCCAAAGGCGGGGUCUAUUGAGAAGACCCUUGAAUUCACUUUUGCACACCGGGUAAACGGUAUGAGGGAACCGUACGUGGGGCCUGGUGGCUGCUACACUGCGCGGGAUCUUGGGGUAGGGGCCACCAUUAACGUUCUUGGAAGAGGUGUCUUCCUUUACGAUUGUGACGAUUUCACACGUUCGUACUAUAAGGAGACUUUUGGAGUGGAGCUUGCUGAAGCUAUAGAUGGUCUCAGUCAAUAUGGUCUACCGUCGAAGCCUGACGUUGUGUCUUUUCGGUCGAACGCUACACCAGCUUCUGCUCCUGCCACUGUUGCGCCGAAAGUGGUGGAAACUAAUGUCAUUAUUAAAAAAGGUGAUGUACUUCGCUUUUUGCUGCGCCUCUCCGCACCUUGCACGUCAGCGGAGCGUAUGCGUCGCUUCACCCUAACACACUACACCGCAACAGGUGAUUCAAUGGUAUAUGAGUCUCCCAUCAAGAACUCUGGCUACGUUGGUGGUUGCUUUAGUAGUCGAUCGCGGAUUCCUAACCCCGCAGGUGGACCGGGCGCGUACUACACACAUGAGGAUUUUAAAGUUGGCAGUAUCAUUGUGAUCAACGCUCACAAAUUUGAGGUAAUGAACAUGGACGAGCACACAGCAAACUUCCUGGCGUGUAAAGGUGAAACUGCUCUGAAUGAAGAACAGCUGCGGUUGCUUGUCGAUGCAUUCCGUCUAUUCCUGAGGACGCGAUUUCACUCAUUCAGAGAUGCUUUUCUUGGCUUUGAUCGUGACAAGGAUAGUGUGAUCAGCGUUACGGAGUUCGUGGACCACGUGACCCAUUUGCAAAUCACAGACAGACGGAUGGACGCGCAGGCACUCUUUGAUAGCAUUUGCCAGAACCCGGAAACAGGUUAUCUAACACUGGAAACUUUUGUUGACUGGAUAAACCAAAAAGGGUCUGAAAGCUGUGGGGAUGCUAAAUCGAGUCAGCCUAUAAACAUAGAUGAACGGGCGCUGAUGAGGAAAGCUUUGUGUCAACUGUGCGAACGGCUUGAGGCUCGGUGUUUGAACAGCCUUCAAAUGUUCAGACUUGCUUCCACUAUGCCAAGGGCUUACUCUGGGCGGCGUGCGGAUUGCUAUUCGCUGACCAAUCCGCAUCGUGACGCCUAUAUAACACCUGUGCAACUUCGGCGGUGUAUUGAGGAGGUGUUGGGCGGUAACCCGUCGCCUCGUGAGCUUGACGCCUUGCUCUUCUUUUUCUUUCCCGCAUUGCCGCCGGAGGAGUACCGUGUUAAGCGGGAUAUCAGCCUUGAGCAUUCACUCGACCUUAAGGCGUUCCAGAAGAAGUAUCACGAGAUGUGCACACUUCAGCAACUGUCGUAG